GCCGGCUGAAUGGGAAACGCAUUUGGGUGUCUCACCGGCGCACGAAUCUAAUGGAGAGAGGCGAUGACAUGCGAAAACACUUGCUCAUUUAAGUUUACUGCCGAGGAGACAACGGGAAAACCCAAUUUAGCCCCGCGUGGAAGCCACCGGUGAGGUAUUUAAUUCCUCGCACUGCACCCAGCGGCCACGAAGAAGAAGCGGUGGAGGAACGCCAAUUUGAGUCUGCAAAGAGGGAUGCGAAGGCUUGUCAUGAGAUAAAUGCCACAUAUUUGUCGUUUCCUCCCCUCCAGCAUGGGGUCUGUGUUCAGUUAGCAAAGCCUGGACAGGAGCCGGAUUUGUUUGCGGUGCUUGCGGUCGUCCCUGACCAGACAGGUUCGCCUCCAGUGUUUGAACCUGGGUGGUCUGCCCGGGGUUCUUCUCGGUUUUCAACCAGAGCCGUUGAAGGCCUUUGCUGGCAAACUGCGUCACCGGGUGGGCGCUGCAGGUAAUCAUCUGUAGAUUUGAAGCCAUGGCUGGAGUGACCGGGAGAUCCAAGUGACUGAACUUUUAAAUCACCAUGGAACCCAUGGAGCCCAAGGCUACUUUAAACUCCGAGGUUCCCCAGGAGCACAAAUAUACAUCUACACCCAAAUCCCAGUGCGAACCCACCGUAAACAUGCAGGAGGCCAGGAGUGAUGGAAACCUUGUGGACUCUGUCGUGAGAGGUGGGAGUGACCCCAGUGCGUACCCUUCCUCCAGCUACCAGAGGAAUGUGCACCAGAGAUUCAUCAGGAGGAGUUUGUGGUUUUCGGAUACGGAUGAUCAGACCUUUGAGACACCCGAGGGCGAAAACAAGAGUAAGAUCCUAAACAUCAACUUGCGAACAAUAGUAGACAGGACGCGUGGAACGGCUUGUUUGAUACAAGAGAGUUCCAGCACAGAAAGUCAAGGUGGACGCAAAGACAGCGCCACAGAGAGCACCAGCGCCGACGAAGACAAAGACAGAGGUGCCAACUCGUUGAGCGUUACUCACAGUGACGGUGGCAAAGUUGCUUUAAAAGCAGCCAGUGAAGAAAAUGAGGAGGAGGCAGAGAUGAAAGCGGUGUCUACAUCUCCAGGAGGAAGAUUCCUUAAGUUUGACAUUGAGCUGGGGAGAGGGUCCUUCAAAACGGUCUACAAAGGCCUGGAUACUGAGACCUGGGUGGAGGUGGCCUGGUGUGAACUGCAGGACCGCAAGCUGUCCAAAAUGGAACGUCAGCGCUUUAAAGAGGAGGCUGAAAUGCUGAAGGGCCUUCAGCAUCCCAACAUUGUUCGUUUCUAUGACUUCUGGGAGUCGCCCCUCAAAGGAAAGAAGUGCAUUGUUUUAGUAACGGAGCUCAUGACUUCAGGAACACUGAAAACUUACCUAAAGCGUUUCAAGGUGAUGAAGCCAAAAGUCCUGAGAAGCUGGUGUAGACAGAUCCUAAAAGGCCUUCACUUUCUUCACACCCGGACCCCGCCUAUCAUCCACAGAGACCUCAAAUGUGACAAUAUCUUUAUAACUGGACCUACAGGGUCGGUCAAGAUCGGGGACUUGGGGCUGGCAACACUUAAAGCAGCUUCAUUUGCAAAGAGCGUCAUAGGUACUCCAGAGUUCAUGGCUCCAGAGAUGUAUGAGGAGCAUUAUGAUGAGGCCGUGGAUGUCUAUGCCUUUGGCAUGUGUAUGCUGGAGAUGGCCACCUCAGAAUAUCCCUACUCCGAGUGUCAGAAUGCUGCUCAGAUUUACCGCAAAGUUACGAGUGGAGUAAAGCCAGCCAGCUACAACAAGGUCAUGGAUCCUGAAAUCAAGGAGAUCAUUGGCGAAUGUAUCUGCCAAAAAAAAGAGGAGCGGUACACCAUCAAGGACCUAUUGAACCACGCUUUCUUUGCUGAGGACACAGGUGUUAGGGUGGAGCUUGCAGAGGAGGAUGAUGGAAAGAAGGCCUCCAUAGCUCUAAAGCUGUGGGUGGAGGACCACAAAAAGUUAAAAGGAAAGUAUAAGGAGAGUGGGGCCAUUGAGUUCACUUUUGACUUGGAGAAGGAGGUUCCAGAGGUUGUGGCACAAGAAAUGGUGGAGUCUGGCUUUUUCCAAGAGAGCGACGCAAAGACGGUGGGAAAGUCAAUCAAAGAUCGUGUGGCACUGAUCAAAUGGAGAAGAGGAAGAGCAGCGGCUAUUGCAGUUCCAGGUGAACAGGGUGAAGGAGGACACAAGAUCACGAUGGCACCAUCUGAGGGCCCCUCUGUUGGAGUCCAACAUGUAGGACAGCCAAUUUUGCUGGAACCAGAAGAGCCAGAGGCAGACCAGCACACCAGGCUGCACAACCUACCAGCCAGUGCCACCUCAGUGACUUCAGACAGCACUCUUGACAGUGGUGUGGGCUCCACUGUGUAUUCAGAUUCCCACAGCAGCCAGCAGAGUGUCCUCUACCAUUCCCUGCUGGAACCUAUCGCUAUGGCAACACAGCAGACCAAUUCUGCCGGUCACCAGAGUCAAUCGUCUGUCCAGGGAUUUCCCACCUCAAGCACAGCCGUGCACGCACAGCAGUACCUCCAGCAUGGCCACAGCUACCCUGCAGCUCUAUAUGUUGGUCAGCACAGUGCUGGAACAGCAGCUCCAGCCAGCUUAUGUUCAAUAAGCAUUCAGCAACAAACUCAAGCUGCAAUCCAGCAAAGUGCUGCGAGUUCUGUGGCAUCACGCCAGCAACAGCCUCAUUCUGCAAUGGGAUAUCCUACAUCAGUUCAGCAUCAGACUACAGCAACCACCGGACCAGCACAGCAGCCACCCUACAGCUGUCCUCUGACCUCAGCUGCACCAGCCAUGACAGCCACAGUCCAGGGUCAAUCUGCACAUGCUCCCAUCACACCUCAGCAGGCCCAGGGCUCAGUCCAACAGCCCGGUCAGCAGCCUCCUCAGAACCCCCCCACACCAGCAUUAUACAGUCAACAAAUACCCAUUCAGCAAGAUCACCAACAGCCCUCAUCACAAAGUACUCAUUCAGGUGUACCUCAGACACUAAAUGUUGGACAAACUUUUCAUACGACGCACAAUCAAAUGGCACCACUGCCAACCAACCCUUCUCAAAGUCUGCAGUGUUCUUCCCAUCAACAAGUACACACUGCAUCUGUUCAGCAACACAGUCAAAGCCUUCUGCAAGCCGUUUCCCACCAAAGCCAGGAUGGCUCCCAGUCUCUGCUCCGUCCAGCAGCAACUCAAUUUGCACAGGUUGCCACUGACCAUCAGAGUUACUUUGCAGCAGGUCAGCCUGACGCUGUCUGUCAGAGCUAUGCACAUUCUGCCCCCCAGCAGAAUGCCCCAGCCCAGAACCAGUACCUGUUAGCACAAGGUUAUGGAGGAACUAACCAAGUGGUAACUCCACAGAACUUUCCUGUUGCUCCUCAGCAAAGCCAUUCUGCAAAUAUAACUCAAGAGUCAAUGACUCAGGCUGUCCACCACCAGCUCCAGCCUCUGCAGGUUUCAGCCUCACUCCCACAAUCACAACCAUCCCAGGUUCCUCAGCAAGUCCAAGACAGCCAUCCCGAGCCUGUCCCCAGUGCUCAGCCUGUCCAGCCUGCUCAGCUCACACAACCUGCUGCCUUCUCCUUACCGGUGCAGAACGGGCCAGACCUGCGCACAGCCACUGCAGCUACCCAGCUGGACAACAUGAAGUCCUGCCAGCUGCCCCCACAUGCCCAGAACCAGAGUCUGGUUCAAGGCCAGAUUCCUGUGCUGCAAUCCUCUGACUCACAGAAAGCUUUGCCUGGGUCUGCCAGCUCCACUCUUCCUCAGCAGAAAAAGCCCAGUAAUACAGGAGCAGCAGGGCAAGGUCUAUCAGAGGUUAACAUGGAGGAUCAAGUUGCUGAAAAACACUCCAGGGGACAGAGCUAUGACAGUGUCAACUCUGACGCCACAUCGGGAAAGGAGAUGAGUGAUGGUUAUGAAGGGACACAUGGAAGCAAGGGCGAGGGCAAAGUGCGUAAGCACCACCGCAGGUCCACACGCACCCGUUCUCGACAGGACAAGAUUAGCAGACCUAAGCUGAACAUGCUUAAUGUGUGUAACACUGGAGAUAAGAUGGUAGAGUGUCAGCUGGAGACUCACAACCAUAAAAUGGUCACUUUCAAAUUUGACCUGGAUGGAGAUGCACCAGAAGAGAUAGCUACUUACAUGGUGGAGAAUGAUUUCAUUCUGCCCUUGGAAAAAGAGGUCUUUAUCGAACAGCUGAAGGACAUUGUGGAUAAGGCUGAGGACAUGCUGAGUGAGGACACCGAGGGUGAGAGGAACUCUGACCAGGGGUGCAGCCCCAAACAUGGCGAAGGAGGUGGCACACUUGGAACAGAGGCCUCAGAACCCAGCACCCCACAGCUAGUGUACCAACAAAAUGUCCUUCACACUGGUAAGCGCUGGUUUAUCAUCUGUCCUGUUGCGGAGACCCCCGUUCAAGACAAAGAUAAUACUUCAUCGCACACCUCCACAGCCCAAGACAGACCAAACAACAACACAGCUGCUGAGACGCCACCAGUCACUUCUUUAUCUUCCCAAAACCCACCCGCCUCCUCCUCUUCCUCCUCUUUACCCACUGGGGCUCAACUUCCCGACCCAAUUACUGGCAAAUCCCAGGUCCAGCAGACACAGCCCUGUGUUCAUAAGAAUUCCCUUGUUGGUGGGAGCAUUGACCUUCACAAUUCCCUCUCAGCCGAAGAAUCUUGCAUAUCUGCUGUGUCUGUGUCAGAUAUGCCAUGCUGUGCUAUUGUGCCACCUGUGUCUCUGGAUGUUAAUACCACUGAUAAAGAAGCAGGAGCUGGUGCCUCAUCACAAUCUAAUCAACCAAAUCAGAAAGCCAGCCCGACUGGAGAACUACCUCCCCAGUUGGCCAGCCACCAGUCUGUGGUUCUGCAACAGCCCUAUGCCACACCAAUGCAGCCGGGCACCGUGACUUCCCAGCCUCAAAGCCCCGCCCAUCAAAGCUGCCAGUCGGCCAGCCAGCAGCAGGGUGGGGGGCAAGGAGAGUCGGACAGUGAGGGGCCACGCCGGGUGGAGUUCGUUGACCGCACUAUUAAGACUUUGGAUGAGAAACUCAGAAAUCUGUUGUACCAGGAGCACACUCCCUCCCAGACCUCAAACACCACGUCUGAACCUCUUGCCUCCAGCACAGAAGGACCGAGCUCCCCUGCAGUCUCAGAGGGCCAAAGCACUGAGGGGCCACUCACAAAGAAAAAGUUGGAACAGCUGAUUCCUGAGCGAGCAGAUAAUGUGGGCACGUUAAGUGACUCUGCAGUGGCAGGUAGGUCUUUGAAGGAAAGAGAAAUGACCACCAGCUCCAAAAGCCGUUUUCAAAUCGUCCCCACCCCACCGGAUGUCAUUUAUCCCUCAGAGCAGACACAGACAAGCUCCAGCACACGCUGUUCAACAGCACCCUCUAGUGGUUCUGGAGGCUCCCAAAACGCAGAGAGGAAAAGAAAGGGCAGUGUGGCGGCAUUCAGGUCAUCAGGGAAACAGGAAACAUCUGAGCACCAAUGUAGUAACCGUUACUCUGCCCCCCCAAACUUCUACCAAGUCACCCCCACUUCCAGUCCUGAAGCUACCCGACGCCAUAUGCCCCGAGCCCAGACUAUAGACAGUUCAACCCAUCAUCACGAUAAAAACUCAUCUCACCUCUACUCCGACUCAGCCGAUGAGGACAGCAGCAGCAUGGCACUUCCUCCAGCUCAUGCUGCCCCCCCACCUCAUACCCUGUCUGAGCAGAGCGGAAGUGACCUGGUAAAGAGGGCGGUUGCGUUCCUGCGGCGUUCUGGUCGAAGCAAAAGCGAGCAGAGCUCUGAUUCGCCGAGCAGACAGCCUGUGGUAAUGAAUGGCCACACUCCUGCGCCUGCUGUGGGACAUGCCCAGUCUUCUUAUAUCAGCAGUGACAAUGACUCCGAGUUUGAGGAUGCAGACAUGAAGAAAGAGCUCCAGAAACUUAGAGAGAAACAUAUGAAGGAGAUCUCUGAGCUGCAGGCAUUCCAGAGGAGUGAGAUUGAGCAUCUCUACAAGGAGCUGGGGAAAACUCUGCCUUCCAAUGUCAGCCUGCUUCAUGCUGCUCCACCAACUGGCCGAAGACGCAGAACCAGCAAGCACAAGCUAAAAGCUGGAAAACUGCUCAAUCCAAUGGUUCAGCAGCUCAGAAAUAAUCUCAACAGCACCGGUGGUGAGAAGAAAGCUGAGAGUGGUACCAGUUCCUCCAGCUCACCAGCCAAAAGUUCCCUUCUGUCAGAGGGUUCUGCCCUCUCCAGUGGCAGCUCCAGUACCCAAACUGGAUCAGUCUUGGAGCAGGUUCACACCCAGCAACCCUGUUCACUGAAGGGCUCUUUCUCCUCGGAUAACAUCUAUGCUGGCCGGCACGCUGAUGGAAUGGCCAACCAAGCUGGCCCUGGGCAAGGCUGGACGGUUUACCACCAAACGUCAGAGAGAGUCACCUAUAAAUCUAGUAGCAAACCACGCACUAGAUUCCUCAGUGGACCUGUGUCUCUAUCCAUCUGGUCCACUCUGAAACGACUAUGUCUAGGCAAAGAUCGCAGUAGUAGGUCAUCUUUAAACACUGCUGCAGCACAGACGGCCUCCAGUCAGACACAGCCGUCGGUCACCACAGCCACGGGCUCAGCCUCUCAUCAGCCAUUCACUCGGCUCGCUCAGGUUCAGACCAACAACAGCAACAACAAGAGAGGAACGUUCACCGAUGACCUCCACAAACUGGUGGAUGACUGGACAAAGGAGACUGUGGCCGCGGCAAGUCAACCCCGACUCUCCCUGAACCAGAUCAAACAGCAGAGAUUCCAGCAGGGCCUGGAGGGCAGACUGCCCCCGAUGGGAACAGCUGAGAUGAAAUCCCACGUUGUUCCCAACAAGUUUCAGCUGCCUCUCUCGUGCCCAAUGACUGCUGCUUUAAACCCCGGCAUGCCUGCUGCCCUUGCACCGAAUUCCUCCGCAGUGCUUCCCCCUGGUUACCUUGUGCCAGCAGGCUCCUAUGGGGGGACGCUUCCCAGUCCCCUUUACCCCCAGCAGUGGCCUGGCAUGCCAAAUCCUGUAGGAUCUACAGUUCCCGUAGGCUUGCUUGGGGCUCCAAGAGGGACGCCCUACACCACAAUGGCAAACCCAGGGAUCCAAACCUUCCCUCUGGUCAUGCACAACCCCAAGAAUGGUCCCUCUUCAAAAACCACUAGGACUACCUGA